AUGGCGGACUCCGCGGGUGCCGCCGAGGCGGGCCCCGCGGGGGCCCCCGCCACCGUGGAGCUGGCCGCCCAGGAGGAGCGAUGGGCGGAGCUCGAGAACCAGACCGCCGCGCUGCAGGCGGACCGCGACCGGCUGGCCCGGGAGCUGGAGGAGGCCCGUGGGCGGGGCCCAGCGGUGGAGCAGCCGGCGGACGCGCAGCAGCAGGCGGCGGCCCGCGAGGAGGCGGUCGCGUGGAAGGGCCGCUGGGAGGAGCUGAAGGCCCAGGCGUCCGCCCUGCAGGCGGACCGCGACCGGCUGGCCCGGGAGGUGGAGGAGGCAGCCCUGCGGGCGCCCGCCUCCGCGGAGGCGGCCGGCGCGACUGAGCGGUGGGUGGAGCUGGAGAACCAGGCGGCCGUGUUGCAGGCGCCCCGCGGUGGCGCAGUCUCGGGCGGUCCUGCGACCGCGUUCGACGGGCCGUCCGAGCUGGUUCUCAUGGCCCGGCUGCUCGGUACGGCCCCAGGGUUCCGGAACUCGACGUUUACCGCAUUGCGAGUCUGCAUGGUUUUGUUUCACCGGAUGCUGCGGUGGAGUGGGCUCGGGGGGAGCGUCGGAGAGAGGCCAGUCCUGACGCCACGGGCCGUGGCGCUCAGCAGCCUGGCGAAGAAGAAGAGAGAGGCUAGCGAAAAAGCGAGGGCUGGACGGCUCUUCUCCAAUCGGUUCGCGGGCAUCAAGUAA